AAGACCUCUCAUUGGAAGAGAGAGAAGAACUUUUAGACAUUCGUCGAAGAAAAAAGGAACUUAUUGAUGACAUCGAGAGGCUGAAAUAUGAAAUCGCGGAAGUGAUGACGGAGAUCGACAACCUCACGUCCGCGGAGGAGAGCAAAACUACUCAGAGGAACAAGCAGAUAGCCAUGGGAAGGAAGAAAUUCAACAUGGAUCCCAAAAAGGGAAUUCAGUUUCUAAUAGAGAACGACCUGCUGCAGUGCUCCCCGGAGGACGUGGCCCAGUUCUUGUAUAAAGGGGAAGGCCUGAAUAAGACGGUGAUCGGGGACUACCUGGGUGAAAGGGAUGAAUUUAACAUUAAAGUUCUUCAAGCUUUUGUGGAACUCCACGAGUUUGCCGAUCUCAACCUUGUACAAGCCUUAAGGCAGUUCCUGUGGAGCUUCAGACUCCCGGGCGAGGCGCAGAAGAUCGACCGCAUGAUGGAAGCGUUUGCGGCUCGCUACUGCCUGUGCAACCCCGGCGUCUUCCAGUCCACGGAUACGUGCUACGUGCUGUCCUUCGCCAUCAUCAUGCUCAACACCAGCCUUCACAACCACAACGUGCGCGACAAGCCCACAGCCGAGCGCUUUGUCACCAUGAACCGCGGCAUCAACGAGGGCGGGGACCUCCCUGAGGAGCUGCUACGGAACCUGUACGAGAGCAUCAAGAACGAGCCGUUCAAGAUUCCCGAGGACGAUGGCAAUGACCUGACGCACACGUUCUUCAACCCGGACCGGGAGGGCUGGCUCCUGAAGCUGGGGGGGCGCGUGAAAACCUGGAAGCGGCGCUGGUUCAUCCUCACCGACAACUGCCUCUAUUACUUUGAAUACACGACGGAUAAGGAGCCCCGGGGAAUCAUCCCGCUGGAGAACCUGAGCAUCCGGGAGGUGGAAGACCCGCGGAAACCCAACUGUUUCGAGCUUUAUAACCCGAGCCACAAAGGGCAGGUCAUCAAAGCCUGUAAGACGGAGGCGGACGGCCGGGUGGUGGAGGGCAACCACGUGGUGUACCGCAUCUCGGCGCCCAGCCCCGAGGAGAAGGAGGAGUGGAUGAAGUCUAUCCGGGCGAGUAUCAGCAGGGAUCCUUUCUAUGACAUGUUGGCCACGAGGAAAAGGAGGAUUGCCAAUAAGAAAUAGAGCUUUCCUGGCCUGAGCAGCAGGUAAAAGUAAACUCAAACCCCGCAGCAAAGAGUGACUGGGGGCCUCCCC